UUCCGGGACCGAGAAAUCUGCUUCCUUCCGGGACGGCGCUCUGCCCCACGUGGUGACAGCGGCGUCAGGUAUCUCCGAAUAUGGGCGAACCACCCGCUGAUGUGCGGGCCUUCCUGCGCCAGCACCCGAGCCUGAGGCCGCUGCCCAACACUAACAAGGUGCGCUGCUCCCUAACCGGCCAUGAGCUGCCCUGCCGUCUGCCGGACCUUCAGGUCUACACCAGCGGCAAGAAGUACCAGCGCUUGUCGGGUACCUCUUCAGCCUUCGAUUACACAGCUUUCGAGCCACACAUCGUGCCCAGCACAAAGAAUCCGCACCAGCUGUUCUGCAAACUCACCCUGAGGCAUAUCAACAAGUUCCCGGAACACGUGCUGACGCACACCCAGGGCCGGAGGUAUCAGAGAGCACUUCAGCAAUAUGAAGAGUGUCAGAAACAAGGUGUGGAGUAUGUCCCUGCCUGCCUACUGCACAAAAAGAGGAAGAAGGACGACCAGAUGGACAGAGAUGAGCUGCCAGGCCAGAGAACAGCCUUCUGGGAGCCAGCUUCCAGUGACGAGGGAGGAGGAGCCUUGAGUGAUGACAGCAUGACAGACCUAUACCCACCUGAGCUGUUCACAAAGAGAGAUCUAGGCAAGCCUGAGAACAGUGACACUCCUGAAGGCUUUCUGACAGACCAAGACGAUGAGAAACCGAAGCAUUCAAGAGAGCAGGACACUGGAGAGAGAGGAGAGGCAAAAGCAGACCACAAGAGGAGCUGUAAACUCAGAAAGAACCAGCUCACCUCAUUAACCAAGAAGUUCAAGAGCCAUCAUCACCACAAAUGCAAGAACUUCAGUUCCUUUAAGCAGCUGGGGAAAUGAAGCCUGCAAAGAAGCCUCUGGGUGUCCUUGGGGCUGGCCACUGAUGUCCUGACAUUGGCUGUUGCCCAGAGUGAGCCUGGAGGUUGUUCUGAAGAUGGAAGCAGCAGAGACGUGAAGAUUCUUCUCCAUGCACGUCUUUUU